AUGCAAAGGAAGAAACAGAAGGAGGGAGUGGUAGAAGAAGGUGGGGAUCAAGAUUACCUUACUGCCCUUCCCGCUCCCAUUUUGUGCAACAUUCUAUCUUUUCUUACCACUAGAGAAGCCGCUAAGACCAGUGUCUUGUCUUCCACGUGGAGAAAUAUCUGGAAAACCCCAAACAAUCUCGUUCUAGAUGCCCAUAACUUUCUAAACCCACAACAAGAUGCAAUCACAAACAUUUCUCAUCACUCAAGUGCAACAUCAAGGUUCAUACUCAAGUGCGACAGGACUUGGGCCUUUUUGAACAGGGUUAACCUUUACCUGUUACGCUUGAGUCAAUUUGACCCUAAUUUCCGUUCCAAAAUUGAAAGAUUGAGCCUUUACUUCACUUUCCGCCGAGGUGGACACGGUUGCCACGAUCUCGCUCAAUGGAUUGGAUUUGCCUUGGAUAGAAAGGUUGAUGAGAUUGACCUCUGUUUCUCCGAAAGCCAUGAGCUAAGCGCUCCAUCGUAUGGAGGGCUUUUGCUCUUUCCUUGCGAGGUUCUUCUCAACAAAGAAUUUGCUUUUGUAAACUCGUGUUUAAAGCACGUGCGCCUAGCACAUUGCGCGCUGGCGCCUCACCCGGCCUUUAACCCGGGGUUCGCCACCAUCACUACUCUCGACCUCGAGAAGGUCGAUUUGGUGGGUGGCGAACAGGUGCAGGUUUUGCUGGCCAGCUGUCACAGCCUUGAAUGGUUAAGGCUCUCUGAAUGUCACAACAUGGGGCACUUGAAAAUAGAGUACCCUUCAUGCCAAAAAUUGAGGCACCUGAGUGUGAAUCUUUGUCACAAGCUAAAGGCACUUGUGCUUAGAAGCUCCAGUUUGGAGAGCAUGGAGUAUACCGGAACCUGGUAUAUGAUUGAGACCAUGUUUGAUACUCCAAACCUUAAAUCUUUCUCGUGUCGUAUGGUUUUGGGUAGUGAUCAAGGCGGAGAGAUGUCUCAAUAUUCCAGGCUUGCCAUUGACCUUCCUCAGCUUCAAACUUUGUUCCUCGAGUGUUACUGCAUGACUUAUGUGCCAGUUAAUACAAUGGCAAACAGCAUUGUUCCCACAUUUCCAAAUCUUAGACACUUGAUAAUCACAAAAGAAGCCGUACAUCAACAGAAUUUUUGCUGGAUAGAGAUUGUGCUCAAAGGUUGCCCAAUCCUCACAAGAUUAGACCUCAAUAUAUGGACCCAUAUGAAAUUUCAUGUGGAGUUCAGGGAAACAAGUUGGCUGCAAGCUUGUCCACACAGUAAUCUGAAGGAGGUUACAAUAACAGGAAUUCGAGGUCACCAAAGUGAGAUUGAGAUUGCGGUUUAUCUGCUUCAAAAUGCAAGACAGCUCCAGAAGAUGAUAAUAGACCCACGUAGAAGAGUUUACUUGGGAAACGGUAAAUGGAGUAGUUCACAAGUUUGUCAAACUUGGAACAAUGGUGGCAGGCACAGGCUUCAUCAUCUUCUAUACCAACAAGCCCAACAUCUUUCAUCACCUGUCAAAUUUUUCUUCUGCUGUCAGCCAUAGCCCUUAUUAUCUCAAGGUGAUUAAUGCAAGGAUUGAUGCUCAGCACGCUGCAAAAUCAAGAAAAUAAUGGAGCCUAUGAGGUAGGAUAAUGUGUUGAAAAAAUAAGUAAUAUAGAUAACAUUAUUUCUUCUAUACCCAGAUUAGGAAAAUAAGAAACAUGAAACUACUAGUGUGUGGAUCACUAGUAUUGUGCAAUGAUCAACUGCAUGCACAGAACUCUCUAGAGGGAGUUUCCCCAAACACUUCAGUGAAAUGAACAUGGUUCAAUUUCUUCAACUUGGUUUUCAAUGAUGUCUAAAACUAUUGUACCGUGUUAGUUGAAUCCUGAAGUUCCCCCAAACACUUCACUGAUGGAAAGGACUCAUUAUUGGCAUUAAUUAAGCCUCAUGUGUGAAGUGUUCAGAGGAACUCCAAGAAACAGCCAACAUUCAAAUACUAAGACAAGCUUGUUGCUUGAGUAGUAGUAAUCUAGGAUUAGCCAUGGUUUGGAACAAUGCACUGAAACUGUUGUAUUUAUAGUGGUGCAAAAUAUGCAUAUGCUCACAAACUAAAGUCUGUUUGUGUGGAGAAGAAGAAGUCCAAGUAGGUCAAGAUUUUGUGUAGCAUUGAACCUGGUCAUGAUGUAUGCAAAGGAGAAGGAUUGUGGGUUCAGAAUUGGUGAAGCUAAGUGAUGUUAAGAAUCAGAUCAAGAAAAGCUAAGAGAGAAGAUCAGUUCUGAAUCUCUUUAAGUCAUUGUCAUAGUCAUGUGUACUUAAUAAUACUCUCUGCUUUCUUUAGAAUGUUUCCAGUUUAUACUUUUUCUCCUUUUGUGAGAAUAUAUGUUAA